AUGGACGUCAACUCAGUCUUGGAGAACACUUUUUCUCCGGAUGCAACGAUUCGAGGCAAUGCGGAAGAACAACUGAGACAGGCCCGUGAGGGAAAUUUUUCCGAAUACCUUUCUAUCCUCUCACGAGAACUUGCCAACGACCAGGCCAGCGCGGCAGUUCGACAGGCCGCCGGCCUCGCCUUGAAAAAUGCCUUUUCCUAUCGUGACAUCACCCGCUUAAGAGAAGUCCAGGCACGAUGGCUACAGGGCGUGGACCUUCAGAUCAAGCGACAGGUCAAAGAGCUGGCUCUCAAGACACUCAACGCCACACCGCAAGCCGCCCUUUCCGCCGCACAGCUCAUUGCAACCGUCGCUGCCAUCGAGCUGCCCCGCAAUGAGUGGCCCGAUCUGAUGCCUGCUCUCGUGCACAAUGUCGGUGCCGGAGAGGACAAACUCAAACAGUCGAGUUUGACCACCAUUGGCUUCAUCUGCGAGUCGGACGAUCUCGAGCUCCGCGAGUCCCUGGUCGGAUACUCGAAUGCCAUCCUCACGGCCGUGGUCCAGGGAGCGAGAAAGGAAGAAUCCAACCAGGACGUGCGGUUGUCCGCCCUGUCUGCUCUCAGCGACGCCACCGAGUUUAUUCGCAGCAACUUUGAGAAUGAAGGCGAAAGAAACUACAUCAUGCAGGUCGUGUGCGAGGCCACCCAAUCACAGGAUACGAGGGUGCAGGCGGCUGCUUUCGGAUGUCUCAACCGGAUAAUGGGCAUCUAUUACGAUAAGAUGAGGUUUUACAUGGAAAAGGCCUUGUUCGGCUUGACGAUUGCGGGUAUGAAGAAUGACGAGGAAGAUGUGGCCAAGUUGGCUAUUGAGUUCUGGUGCACGGUCUGUGAGGAAGAAAUCAGCAUCGAAGAUGACAACACGCAAGCACAGCAAGAAGGCUCCACUGAACUACGACCGUACUUCCACUUCGCUAGAGUCGCAGCCCGAGAAGUCGUUCCAGUUCUGCUUCAGCUGAUGACCAAGGUGACGGAGGAUGACGCCGAGGACGAGUACAACACUGCCCGCGCCGCUUACCAAUGUCUGCAACUCUAUGCACAAACAAUCGGAGGCGAGAUUGUCCCAACCGUUCUGGCCUUUGUCGAACAGAACCUGCGCAGUGAAGACUGGACCAAGCGGGACGCAGCCGUAUCCUCGUUCGGUGCAAUCAUGGACGGUCCCGAGAUCAAGACUCUGGAUCCCCUGGUCAAACAGGCACUCCCGGUCCUGAUAGGCAUGAUGCAGGAUCCUGUCGUCCAAGUACAAGAUUCGGCGGCAUAUGCACUAAGCAGAAUCUGUGACUACUGUUCGGACUGUAUCGACCCAUCAACACAUCUCCAGCCUCUCAUGUCAGCUCUUUUCAAUGGCUUGAUGGCCAACCCAAAGAUUGCGGCGUCGUGCUGCCUGGCACUUUUGAAUUUGACGGAGCGAUUUGUGGGUGAAGACGGAGCUGCUGCAAAUCCUCUGACACCACAUUUCCAGGACAGUGUCACUUCACUAUUGGCGGUCACAGAAAAAGAAGGGGCUAGCAAUCAACUUCGAACUGCCGCUUAUGAGGUUCUUGGCGGUUUCGUGACCAAUGCGGCUCACGAUAGCUUACAGAUUGUGGCAGAAUUGUCCAACGUCAUCAUCCAACGACUGGAGAACACCAUCCCCAUGCAGAAGCAAAUUGUUAGCAUUGAUGACAAGAUCACUCUGGAAGAGCUGCAAGUAAGCUUGAGCAGUGUCUUGCUCGCCAUUGUCCAACGACUCGAACAAAACAUUGCUCCUCAAGCCGAUCGAGUAAUGCAAAUCUCCUUGGAGAUCCUCAAUGCUACAGGCCAGACCUCAGUCCCCGAAGUCAUUUUUCAGAUUGUCAGCGGAUUGGCAAACGCUCUGGCGGGAGACUUUCUCAAGUACAUGGACUCUUUUGUCCCGUAUCUCUACAGCGCCUUGGGCAAUCAAGAUGCUCCGGAUAUGUGCUCUUUGGCCAUUGGUCUUGUCAGCGACAUCGUCCGCGCGUUGGAGGACAAGGCACAACCUUAUUGCGACACGUUUAUGAACUACCUCUUGAACAACCUUAGAUCCGAUAAACUUGCCAACCAACUCAAGCCUCCGAUCCUCGAGACCUUUGGUGAUGUCGCUACCAGCAUUGGUGAGCACUUUGAGACCUAUCUGACGGUGGUCGCCCAAGUUCUUCAACAGGCGAAUAACGUCUCUGUCGCGAAUGACGUUUCAUUCGAUAUGCUUGACUACAUUGUCUCUCUUCGUUCGGGUAUCGCUGAUGCUUGGUCCGGCCUGAUUCUAGCUUUCAAGGGGACAGAGAAAGUGCAACUUCUUCAAAACUACGUACCAGCGAUUUUCGAGUUUCUGCAAACAGUGUCAAAUGACUUGAAUCGCAACGAAGGGCUUCUGAGGGCUUGUAUGGGCAUUAUUGCUGACCUCGGCGAGGCGUUCCCAGACGGAUCACUCUCAAGCUAUUAUAGACAAGAAUGGGUCACAAAGCUUAUCAAAGAAACUCGAGCUAGUCGCGAAUUCUCACAACGAACCAUUGCCGCGGCACGUUGGGCAAGGGAACAAGUCAAACGACAGACUCAACAUCAAGGUACCGUCAUGACUUGA